AUGAAAAAAGAUUCGCUAUACAAACCAGGAGAAAUAGAAUUUACUCAAAGUGAAGAUGUAAGUGUUUGUCGUUGGAAAGAUCGGGGUAAAAAGCCAGUUACAGUAAUAAGCAACAUGCACAAUGCUUCAUCUACUGAGAUAGUAAAUAGAAAAAAUAGUAAGGGCGAGAGGAUACCCAUAGAAUGUCCCAAAAGCAUAUCAGAUUACAAUAAAUUUAUGGGUGGAGUAGACCGGUUUGACCAAUACAUGGCUACUUACAGUGUUGCCCAAAAAUCUAGGCGGUGGUGGCUGAAAUUAUUUUAUUACAUGUUAGACACAUCAAUUGUAAAUUCAUAUUUGUUAUACAAGUCAAGUUGUGCGAAUUAUAGAAAAAAACCUAUAUCUGCUCUAGAAUUUAGAUCAACUCUCACUGAUCAACUUAUUGCAAAUUUUUCUUCCCGUUAUAGACCUACAAUUUCUCCUGGUGUUAAAAAUCCUAAACGUGCUCUUUCAAAUCCGUCUAACUAUAUAAUUCCUGGUCAACAUUUAGCAGUGAAAAUAGAUAAAUAUAGGCGCUGUAAAUUAUGUAGUAAAAAUAAAGAAAAGAGAUCCAGCAUUUUAUGUGAAACAUGUAAAAUAUGUUUGUGUAAGGAAUGUUAUGCACCAUACCAUAAAUUACCAAAUAACAUUUAG